CAGCGCCCCCAAACCCACCAGCGAAUUACCAAACCUUCACCCCCCUUCGCGAAGGCCGAAGCAGCGAUGGCCCCCAAGGCGGAGAAGAAGCCGGCGGCGAAGAAGCCCGCGGAGGAGGAGCCGACGGCGGAGAAGGCCCCGGCGGCGAAGAAGCCCAAGGCCGAGAAGCGGCUGCCGGCGGGGAAGACCUCCGGCAAGGACGGCGGCGAGAAGAAGGGCAAGAAGAAGGCGAAGAAGAGCGUGGAGACGUACAAGAUCUACAUCUUCAAGGUGCUCAAGCAGGUGCACCCCGACAUCGGCAUCUCCUCCAAGGCCAUGUCCAUCAUGAACUCCUUCAUCAACGACAUCUUCGAGAAGCUCGCCGGUGAGGCCGCCAAGCUCGCCCGCUACAACAAGAAGCCCACCAUCACCUCCCGGGAGAUCCAGACCUCCGUCCGCCUCGUCCUCCCCGGCGAGCUCGCCAAGCACGCCGUCUCCGAGGGCACCAAGGCCGUCACCAAGUUCACCUCCUCUUAGAUCGCGUUGCCUGUAUCUAGGAGUAGUAGCGACCGUAGCUGGUUCUUUCACUUUAGUGCCUGUCAACCAUGGUUACCUGGAAGUAGUAGUGCUGGAUGGGAAUUGCUGAAUGAUUGCCAAUGCUCUGUUGGCUCUUCAGUUAUAACAACUGAAUUUGUGCUUCUUCUGGUGAACUUAUAAUUCAGAAGUAGCGAUCCAUUUCAGCUGUGAUUA